AUGGCCGGACACCAGACAGAUCGUGCAGAUAAGUGGACGAUUUGGGAUCUUGUGGCAGUUGUGUCAGCUAUAAAUGGCCUGGUUUGCUUUGCUCUCGGUGACAUCUACAAAAAGUCAUUCGGAAAGUUGGGUGAGGUCGGUCUCGUUAUUUAUCUAUAUGUCUGGUUAAAUGUGUCGACGCUCAUAUGGGUAACCCAGAAAGUUGGUAAAAGAAAAAAAACCCAGAAAGUUGAAGUUUCAAAAGGAUUCCAAGAUCUUGUGCUAGCUCUGACAUUUGGUCUAACAUGUUUUGGCUCCACCAUCGUUGACAUGCUUCAGACUGGAAAAGCAGAUGUAUUUAGCAUUAUCUCGUAUGGUUCAUUUGCCUUGAUGUCCCUAUCCAUGUCAAGGGAGUCUAAGCUUGGAUUCGAAACUGGCUUCUCCUCUUUUUUCCUGUCAUUGUUUGCCUCACAAUUUCCAAAAAUCAACCGGCUGCUUGCACCGAUUGCAAUAGUCCUCUGCUCGCAAUCCUCGGGCGAUCCUGAAGAACAUAAGAAUGGGCAAUCCUCAAACGAUCAUAUUUCUUUGAAAGAACAGACCAAGGGACAAGAUCCCCCAAAGAGGCAAGAAGAUAACGGGCACAACCCAUUACCGGGGAACGAUCCACCAAAAAUUGUAAGUGACCAAAACGGAAUAUAA